AUGUCUUCCAUUCUGCAUACCUUUGCCCUCUUUCUUCGCAAAUUCUUGUCAUUCGUUACAGGACUGUUCCACUUGUUCUUCGGUCUUUUUACUGGUGGAAGGCGAGCGACUCAAGAGUCCAAUACACCAGGAACUGAAGGCCAGAGCUUCUUCACUAUCGUUCAACUUGUUUCAUCCCAGAAGCCGAAAGGGUUGAAGCCUUUCGUGCUGCCAAAGAAUGUCGUCCUGCGGCAGCUUAAAGAAGCCAGAUGUAGGACUACCCAAGGCCGAGAGAUGGCAUCGUCGACGAAUUUCAGUGACCCGGAACUUGGUCGUUGUAAUGUCGUUAAUCUUCGGGAAUCUCCACAACUGUCACAUCCCCUGUUCGAUCGCCCGGAGUUACCUAUGCCUUCGUUUUCUCCUCUCUCAUCCUAUGCAUCCCCGAAGCAUUGUUCCGAUGAAUAUGUGUUCCGCAGCUCUUGGCCACCUAUCUUGGGCACGCAGCUACAGCCCGGCAAGAACUCGCUUCCCUGCAAUGCAGACCUAUCAACGUCCCUGUCAUCUGCUUCCCUCAAAGUAUGGACUAGUUCUCCUCAAGGCAAACAAUUACGCUCGCCUACUCAUCCGAACUGCUCCUAUUCGCCGAGUGCAGGAGAGAAUCGGUUCGCUUCUCCAUUUGGUGACAGAGGCAGCACAUACUUCGCUCCAUACUUCAAGGGUGUCCCUUCUGUCGCAUCUGCAUCUGAUCUACUCGACUUCUCGGUCUACACUAGCUCCCCGCGUGUCAACGUGGAUUACUCCUCCGCCAUUGAUGCUUCCGGUGACAUCCAGCCGCCGGAGAAACUGAGGAUUCAAGAGCUCUACUAUGAUCUACGACCCCGCUAUCCAAGAGGUGUUUACGCUGCGUCCUAG